AUGCUCCCCAUCCGUCCCGGGCUGUCAAGACAGCUCUCAGCCGCCGCCAUGCAGGUACCCAUGAUAUCGAGCCCGCUGAAGCAGACCAACGAGAUCGACUGGAUCCAGCCCAUCAAGUCCUACAUCCGAUCACAGUACGGCGACGACCCCGAGCGAUACAACGAUGAGUGCGGGCAGCUCAACCGGUUACGGCAGGACAUGCGAGGAGCUGGGAAGGACAGUGCUGCUGGGAGGGAUUUGCUGUACAGGUACUAUGGACAGCUGGAACUGCUAGACCUGCGCUUCCCGGUGGACGAGAACCACAUCAAGAUCAGCUUUACGUGGUUCGAUGCCUUCACGCACAAGCCCACGAGCCAGUACUCGCUGGCGUACGAGAAGGCGAGCAUCAUCUUCAACAUCUCGGCGGUGCUGAGCUGCCAUGCUGCGAACCAGAAUAGGCAUGAGGAUACAGGGUUGAAGACAGCGUACCACUCUUUCCAGGCAUCCGCGGGCAUGUUCACAUAUAUCAAUGAGAACUUCCUGCAUGCGCCUUCGACGGAUCUGAGUCGGGAGACGGUUAAGACGUUGAUCCAUAUCAUGCUUGCGCAAGGACAAGAGGUGUUCAUUGAGAAGCAGGUCGUGGACAAGAAGAAGCCGGGACUGAUUGCAAAGUUGGCAGCACAAGCAGCAUAUCUAUACGCGCAAGCUGUGGAAGGCGUGCAGGACAAUGUCUCGAGAGCCAUCUUCGAGCGAGUGUGGCUACUCAUGGUCCAGAUCAAGCAACAUCACAUCGCAAGCGUGGCGCAAUACUACCAGGCUGUGGCAGACUACGAGGCGAACAGCUACGGUCAAGCAAUAGCUCGACUGAACGCGGCCAUGACAGCAACCAAAGAGUCCACUCGCCUAGCCAAUGCUUUCCCGAGCAGCAUGCCAGCUAAUAGCAAUCUGAAUUCGGAGACCGGUCAGAUAUUGGUGGACAUGACGAAGAAACAGAGUGCAUCAAUAACAGAACUGCUUGCCGAGUACAACAGAGACAACGACAUGAUCUACCACCAGCCUGUACCUUCAGAAACGAACUUGCCCAGCAUACCAAAGCUCCCAGCGGCGAAAGCCAUCCCCGUGUCCGAACUUUAUCAAGGUCAGGACAUUCAGAGGAUCAUUGGACCCGACAUCUUUCAGCGCAUCGUGCCAAUGUCUGUGACGGAAAGCGCGAGCCUGUACGAUGAGGAGAAGGCGAAGAUGGUGCGAGCUGAGGCAGAGCGGGUGGACACAGCGGACGAUGAGCUGGCGACAUCGUUAGACUACCUCAAACUACCAGGAAGCCUCAAUAUCUUGAAAGGCGCCGCGGAUCAGGAUUCCAUGAGUGUCGACGAGGAGUUCAGAGACUGGUGUGCUGAUCUAGCGGGACAUAGUCCUUUCGGGCCAGUAUUCGAUCGACUGCGAGACGACAAGCAAAACAUCAUGUCAACACUAGACAGCAGUAUGAAGCAGCUCGAUAUGGAGGAGUCGGUGUGCGAGAAGAUGAGAAGCAAAUAUGGUAGCGAUUGGACACAACAGCCUUCGAGCCGAUUGACGCAGACACUACGUACAGAUGCGCGAAGCUAUCGAGCAGCAGUCGAGGAGGCUUCGACGAGCGACGCGCAGCUGUACAGCACUUUCCGGCAGCACGAGUCUGAUCUCGAUGAGAUGCGAUCUGCAGGCGAGACCGAUGAAGCCGAUGUGCUUUACCAGCGUGCUAUGACCAAGGCUGGUGCAGGCAAGCGCGGUGUGACCAGCCCUGGUGCGGGUGAGGAGGGUAAUCUUCUUGACGAUGACUUUGCGGACGAUUCGCGCCAAAGUGUCGCGGAGCAGAUAGAGCGUGUUGAGGGCCUGAUAUCGAAGUUGCAGCUUGUCAAGCGCGAGCGAGCGCAAGUGCUCAAGGAUCUCAAAGAGAAGAUCCACAACGACGACAUCAGCAACGUACUCAUCCUGAACAAGAAGGCCAUCACGAAUCAGGAAAGCCAGUUGUUCAAGUCUGAGCUUGAGAAGUUCCGUCCGCACCAGAAUCGGAUUCUGCAGGCUGUGCAUAAGCAGUCAUCUCUUAUGAAGGAACUAACACGAACGUACAGCGAGCUACUGCAAGACAAGAGAGUGCGAGGCGAGCAGAACAAGUACGAGGCUUUCUCAAGACAGCGCAACUCAGUCUUGAGCAAAUACAAGAAGGUCUACCAGGCCUACAAAGACCUGCAAGCUGGUUUGUCGAGAGCCGAGCAGUUCUACAGCGAGAUGAAGGAGACUGUAGAAAGCUUGCAGAAGAACGUCCAAUCUUUCGUCGAGAACAGACGAUCCGAAGGUGGUCAACUGCUUAGCUCAAUAGAAGCCUCGAAGGGCAGUGGUGCAGACCGAGAGCAAAACAAGAUGAAGGAGCUCAUGGAGCGAAUGAGUAUGAGCCCGUCAAGUCACCAGAGUCACUCACCUGUGCCAAGCUACGGCGAUCAACGCAACUCAGGCCAGCGACCUCCGCCUCUGCAUCAGCCACAACACAGUUACGGCUCACAAUCAGCGUACAACCCGGCCGCCAGUCCACCCGUCACACCACGAUACCAAGCGAACGGCAUGCAAUCACCGGCACCUUACCCAUCCUACCAACAACAGCAGCCUCAGCAACAACAGCAUCAGGCGCCAACCAGCAACUACAACCCGAACCAGUACGGCGCAAUGUCCCCGCCCGCGCACCAGCAAUACUUCUCGCCGCCGCCGAAUCAGCAAUACAACAACUACCAGCAACCAUCCACAACAUACUAUGGUCAACAGCCGCAGCAACAAUACGGUGGCCAGAGUAUGCCUGCUGGCUGGCAGCCACCUCCUCCACCUCCUGGGCCUCCUCCGAACCAAGACUACAGAGCUAUGCAAUCUGGCCAGUACCCGUCAGGACCGGGCGGGUAUGCGCAGAAUGCGAGGCAGGGUGCGGCAAACGGAUCUGGUGAUCCGUGGGCUGGGUUGAGUGCGUGGAAGUAA